AAAUAGAAGAAGAGUAAAUAUUUUGAAAUUAUAAAAGAGAGAAAAAAGAGGGGAAAAUACUUUAGCAUGGGAGAAACGUAUGGCAUCAUUUGUCCGCUUUCGACGGGAGAAGUUUCAACAAAGGCCAGUCCGAGCCGAGUCGGACUCUCACCGAGUAGAAGAUCAGCAGGUCUUUUUUUGUCGGAGGCAGCAGCCUUCCCGAAGCGAGCAGGUCUCGUCAGUUGCACUUUGGGACGGAUAAGCAGGAAAGAGCGAAGCAGCUCGGACGUCGCCUCCCCGCCCCGUCGUCGCUCGGCUUUUCGACUUGUGAUGUAUUUUCGACCUCACCCGGCCGAUUCGAGAUGGCAUCGGGUGCGAGCAUGAAAAUGGAUGUUGAUAAUCCUCUGGUUCUGAAACGAUCCUCGAGUGCGCCUAUGAUCAACGAAUUGAACAAUUCGCCGUCCUCGCAGAGCCCCCAGAGCCAUCCGACCAAUAGAGAACCAAUUGCAAUGUCUACAAUAUGUCCUUCUGGAGUUGUUCGGACAAGACGGUUCAGCACCAGUUGCACCCCUUUAUCUGGACCUUCGUCGCCGAAAAUGACUCACAGGGUGAACCAGCUAAGGAGAGAAGAGAGUGUGGAUGUCCUCGGGAGAGAAGCUGCCCACGAACGGGAGCUUAACUCCGCCAUGGCUAUGUCUCAAUCUUGGGAAGACCUGACACUCGUUACCGAACCAAAUAAGAAUGAAGAAGGCAAUAAUUCAAAAACUGGAAAAGUAGAUCCGCUUAACCUCUCUAUAGCUAGUGCUGGCUGCACACCACCUUUAAGAUCAACUCCUUCACCUACAACGCCUUUAAGGCAUUUUACAACAUUUAAAACUAGCCUUACACCAAGUCCAACUAGUAAAUUUAGGAGUCAAAGUCCUAUCGGAUUGAAGCCAUCUUCUCUUGGCAAUUCUGUAAAAAGAAAAUUUGAACUAGAAGAAAAUGAACCUCCAGCAAAAAGAUUUAGCAGUUUAAUUAUUCAGCAAGCAAGGUUUGAGCCUGUUGAUAUUCCCAGCAGGGGCACUAAAUGUUUUGACAAGAUCCAAACGAACCAGGAAACAGCUUGUGCCCAGUCUGGGGGUGGCGGCACUCCAGACUAACAUGUUGCCAAGUCAGCUUCAAUUUAUCUCUAGUCUUUUAUAAUUUUGUAAAUACCAUGAAUAAUCUCUCCUGUUAUCUAUGCUCCAACCCCAUCUGUUUUGUAUAAUGUAAUCCAUGUUUUUUUUUCUUUUAAUGAAUAAAUUUCCUCGAUUGUUGCCAAAACAGGUUAAGUUUACGGAAAUGCAUGUUCUAGAUCUUUAUUUAAAUUCAUGUUUACCAUUUUCAUCUGUUAAUUUAAAAAUUUUGUUUUCUUUUGUAUGCAAAUAAAUUGAUUACAUACAACGUUCAGUAUCAUAAACUUUAAUUUGUAGUUAGUUCAGUACUUUUGUAAUGUUCAAUUUACAUUAAAAAAACCUACAUUUGAAAUAAUAAUUAUUCUUAACUUUUAUCUACCCAAUUUCGCUCGAAUUUUUUGACAAUAUUUUACUUUAAUAGGUCCCUUCAAUCUAAUGGAAAAAAAACACCUUUCAUACUGAAUCAUUAUUAAAUCUUUGUUUUUUUAUAUAAUUCCAUGUAAUACUGUCUUCCAUGUAAUUUAAUUAUUAAAUGAGAAAUGCACUUUUCUCUUUUAAUGUCAUCACAUUUUCAUAGUUCCCUAUUAAAUACUGCGAUACAGACCUUAACGUUUGUUACAUCAGCGAUUUGUAUAUAUUAUGUAUAGUGAAUCUAAUUAUAAAAGCCGAAGUAAUAAAAAACAAUCAUGAAAUGUAAAUUGCAAUAUAAAUUAAAUUACACAAAUAAGCAAGUUCCUCUUAGCUUUUAACCUACUGUGACUGACAAAUUAGUUUUUAUUUAAUUACAAAUAAAAAAGUACAUGAA